AUUGGAGGGAAGGUUGAUUUAAUUGCACUGUUGGUAUUUGGUGACUUGGCGAAGAAGAAGAAGAAGAAGAAGAAUCUUAUUUCUACAGCAGAUUAAGAAAGAGAAGAGAAGAGACAUACAGUCGAUGCGCGAUUCAGUCCACAGCCAUGUCCAAGAUGAAACAUCUCCUACGGAAACUCCACAUCGGGGCUGGAACUAUCCAUCACCACCGCUUGAAUCCUUCAUAUCCACUUCCCCAACGGCUCACAGAAUCUCCCCAAUUAUCUUCUUCCGAUGAUCCCUCCUUGUCGUCGUCGUCGACGGCAGCGACUCAACCAAUGGCGAGGCCCGGGGCGGCGGAAUCUACUAAUGAUUCCCUCGAUUUCAAUUUCUUCGAGGAGGAGUUCCAGGUGCAACUUGCCCUGGCAAUGAGUGUUUCCGAUUCCGAUUCACGACAGGAGGAAGACUCCGAGACCGCGCAGAUCAAUACUGCUAAGAAGAUAAGCCUCGCAUCUUCGCCUCUUGAAACCUGCAUUGACUCCCUUUCUCUUCGAUACUGGAGCUACAAUUUUGUGAAUUAUGAUGAGAAAGUGAGAGAUGGCUUUUAUGAUGUAUAUAGCAUUGGUUCAACCUCAGGCAUUCAAUGGAAGAUUCCCGUUCUGCUAGAUCUCCAAGCUAUAUCUAAUUCCGAUAAUGUUAAUUAUGAAGUUACUUUAGUGAACAGGCCAGUCGACCCCCUCCUCUAUCAGCUCCAGGAAAUAGCUCAUUUCAUUUCUUUGGAGUGUCGGACUCUUGGCAAGGCUCGAAUUAUGGAUUGUUUAAUCCAGAAGCUUGCUGAUCUUGUUGUUAAUAGGAUGGGGGGUCCUGUUAAUGAUCCUGAUGAAAUUUUGAAGAAGUGGACUAUAAGGAGUAACCAAUUACGUACAUCUCUAAAAAGUAUCGUCCUUCCCCUUGGUUGCAUUGAUGUUGGGCUUUCACGACAUCGCGCAUUGCUUUUCAAGGUACUUGCGGACAGCAUCAAUCUGCCUUGUAUGCUGGUGAAAGGAAGCCAUUUUACUGGUACUGAUGAAGGAGCUGUAAAUUUAGUCAAAUUCAAUGAUGGAAGCGAGUACAUUAUUGAUCUAAUGGGUGCUCCGGGCAUGUUAAUUCCUGCUGAGGUACCCAGUACAGACCUUCAGACUACAAGGUUUUGCAUCAGGGAUGCUCAACAAUAUAAUGUUACUGAUAUAGAAUUUAACGGUGUAAAAGAAACCACGGCUAUGGUAGGCAAAGAUGGGAGUUCAACUUUACCAGUGAAGACCACAUUGGAUUCUCUGCCUGGAGGUAAUGAGGUGAACCUGGGUGAACAAAAUGAAGAAGAGACAUUUGAGCACGAGUUCGGGAAGCUUGUUCCAUUAUCGUGCAGAUCAUCCCAAGCUCAACCAAAUACUACUGAGAAAGAAUUGGAUUCAGUUGCUCAAAAGAUGAAAGUCAGUGAUGUUUCCAGAUAUGUCAUUAGUGCAGCAAAAAAUCCUGAAUUUGCUCAGAAACUUCACGCUGUUUUGUUGGAAAGUGGUGCUUCCCCACCGGAAGAUUUAUUUUCUAACAUGAAUGUGCAAGAUACAAGGAAACUGAAAACUAUAAGAGAAAUCUAUGUAUCGAAUAUCAACACAGUUGAUGAAAUGGCCUUCAACAAUAAGGAGGUGGUGAUAAAUGAGGACCGCACAGUGUCACUUGUGUGCAGUGACAUUUUUGCUGAAGAUUUGGCCGCAAGUAGAUUUCCAAGUAUGUUUGAUGCUAAUACCAAGAGAGUGUUUGUUUCCAAUCAGGGAACUGUUGAGUCAGAUAACAUUCAUGACAGAAACAAGUCUCUUCUGUCCAACAAUUCAUCUAUGCAUAGAGAACAACCUUGUCAGUCCUUUAAGCAGACAGCGUUUGACAGUUACAAAUUACAACCAAGAAUAGAUUUGACUGGUUAUAGGGGGCAAUAUGUUGAAGAAAACAUAGGAAAGGUUCCUAUUAACACUGGAAAGGAAAAAGUAUACGCACUGAUGUCAGUACCAACUACCACUGUGCAUACUGAUCUGAGUGCUGGGAAUGAUAGAAUAAACACAGUGUUGGGUGAAAUUGGUGGAUGGGAAAUUUCAUGGGAAGAUCUUCAAAUUGGAGAACGUGUUGGUAUUGGUUCAUAUGGUGAGGUUUAUCGUUCAGAGUUGAAUGGCACUGAAGUUGCUGUGAAGAAGUUUAUGGACCAAGAUAUUUCAGGCGAUGCACUACAUCAGUUCAAAUGCGAAGUUGAGAUAAUGUUGAGAGUGAGACAUCCCAACGUUGUUCUCUUCAUGGGAGCAGUUACACAUCCCCCAAAUCUCUCUAUACUAACUGAGUAUCUUCCUAGGGGAAGUUUGUACAAGUUGUUGCAUCGUUCAAGUAACCAACUUAAUGAAAAGAGGAGGCUGCGGAUGGCUCUUGAUGUGGCUAAGGGCAUGAACUACUUACAUACAAGCAAUCCUGUCAUAGUUCAUCGAGAUCUUAAGACUCCAAACCUUCUUGUUGACAAUAAUUGGGUUGUCAAGGUGUGUGAUUUUGGAUUGUCACGUAUUAAACAUCAUACGUUCCUGUCAUCCAAGUCAAGUGCUGGAACGCCUGAGUGGAUGGCACCUGAAGUUCUUAGGAAUGAACCAUCUAAUGAGAAAUCAGAUGUGUAUAGUUUUGGCGUAAUAUUGUGGGAACUGGCAACACUGCGUGUACCUUGGACAGGGUUGAACUCGAUGCAGGUUGUUGGGGCAGUAGGAUUUCAGAACAGGCAUCUUCAUAUAAUGGAAGAAAUCCACCCUCUUGCAGCAAAGAUUAUUCUUGAUUGUUGGCAUCGUGAUCCACAAUCAAGGCCCUCAUUCACAGAGCUAAUUUAUCGUCUGAGACAACUUCCGCACCUUCAACGCAAGUGAGCAAAUGCUUGUUGCUAAAAGACGUAUAUAAUAGUAAUAAUAAUAGUGCUGCUGGAUCAGGAUGUGUGGGAUUCAUUCAAAGGAGUGAAAGUCAACUGAUUUCCUAACCAUGUCUGUUAAUUCAAGUCAAGAAAUGCUUGAUAUAUAUAAGAAAUUCUCUACUUUUAAAGUCAAUUGUAAUUUUCUGUGUAAGAGAAAAAAGUGAGGUCUUCUUCAUAAUUGUAUAAUUUUGACCUCCUCAGAAACCCUAAAAAAAGGAGUUUCUGGAUCUUACAUGCAUGAAAUAGAAUAGUAAAUUGUAUUUAAUUAUGCAUUGUUGA